UGACAUUGUUUCCUCCGGAGCUAUAUCGGGCGGACAAUAACAGGAGAGCAUACAGCAGUGCAGCAGUGACCCACAGUAUCCACCUUCUAGUGUCUCGUUUAGUUUAACAAUUAUAUUUUCUCUACUGUAACCUACAAUGGGUGACAUUUUCUGAGGGAAAAAAAGAUAAUGUAAAUCUGACCUCAGAGAAAAACAAUGCUGCCAGCCAAGCUGUCCAGCCACUUAACUCUGAAUACCCUGAGGAGGAUUCAUCGUGGAUCUUCUUAUUCCUGUCUCUACCCCCUGUCGAACAUCUUCCUUCACACGGAAGGACGGAGGACGACAGUUGCGAGUCUCCUCUCAGAUUCCAGUGCGUUGAGAAGAGUGUUUUACAGCCAGAGUGCUAUCCGCCCGUCACUCAGACUACGUGAAACACAGCAAUAUGGGAGAAGAUCCUUUAGUUUAUCAGCUGCUACAAUUGUGAGUUCAGCACCAGCGCCUGUCCAGCCAUACCUCCGAUUGAUGAGGCUGGACAAACCCAUUGGGACAUGGCUGCUCUACCUCCCCAGUACAUGGAGCAUUGCUCUGGCUGCCGACCCCGGAUGCCUCCCACAUCUGGGCAUGCUCACCCUGUUUGGUGCGGGUGCUCUGCUCAUGAGAGGAGCAGGCUGCACCAUCAAUGACAUGUGGGAUAAAGACUUUGAUAAAAAGGUCUCCAGGACGGCCACACGACCCAUUGCGUCGGGAGAGAUUUCUCAGAUGCAGGCACUCGUCUUCUUAGGAGGACAGCUUUCUCUGGCACUUGGGGUUCUCUUGUGUCUGAACUAUUACAGCAUAGCUUUGGGUGCUGCCUCAUUAUCGCUUGUCAUCUCCUACCCGCUGAUGAAGAGGAUCACUUAUUGGCCGCAGUUUGUGUUGGGCCUCACUUUCAACUGGGGAGCGCUGCUCGGCUGGUCUGCUGUCAAGGGCUUCUGUGAUUGGUCCGUAUGCCUCCCGCUGUAUUUCUCAGGAGUGAUGUGGACGCUGAUAUAUGACACAAUAUAUGCACAUCAGGAUAAAGAGGAUGACGUCAAGGUUGGAGUCAAAUCUACUGCGCUGAGGUUCCAGGAGCAAACCAAACCUUGGCUGAGUGGCUUCACGGUGGCCAUGAUGUCAGGCCUGGUUGUAGCUGGAGUCAAUGCUGAACAGACUCUCCCUUACUAUGCUGUUCUGUCCACAGUGGCCCUUCACCUAACGCAUCAGAUUUACACAUUGGACAUUCACAGACCAGAGGACUGCUGGAAGAAAUUUGUGUCAAACCGAAACCUUGGAUUGUUGUUAUUUUUAGGCAUUGUUGUCGGCAAUUUGUGGAAAGAAAGAAAAGAGACUUUGCUGCAAAAUGAGGAAACAGUCAGAUAAGUGAGAUAAGCAGAACAAAUUACAUGUUUUAUUACAUUAACAAUACGUCACAACGUUGUACAGUAUAUAAGCUGUGUGAUUUUAACCCUCUCAGUAAAGUUAUUGAAUACUU